UUCAAUUGAUUGAAUUCUCAAUAAAGAAUGAAAUAAAUUGAAAAAUAAAUGCUCCAAGAAUUUGAAAAUGACUUCCGAAGUUUCCGAAAUAGCGUUCUUAUCAAACAAUAAGCGUAAAAAUGACCAUGUUUAUUUGAAAAAAUCAGCAAAAAUUUAGGAUAUUUUGGUGCGUUUAUACUGGAUGCACUUAGUACUGCUGGAUGAGGUGAAGCACAUUGUGAGUGAUAAUUUUCGCUUGUAAACAAUCAUCGUUUCUGCGGCAAAGUGAAAAAUUCUACGCAUCAAAUUCUUGAUCUACCCUUUUGGAGUUGAAGAAAAUCAUAGCACACAUUGAGGUGUUGUAAAGAUUGUUUAUAGUUUUGGAAAUCCAUUUCAUAACCCAGUUUCUUUGCCGGUAACAUGGAUAAGAAAUCGUUUCUGAUAAGCUGGUGUCAAAAAAAUGGGUGCGAGCCCGUGUACGCGGUCCGGCCAACCGGGCUGAAGCAUCGGCAACGUUUCCUGUGCGAGGUGCGGAUCGCCGGUAUCGACUACAUUGGUGUCGGUAAUUCUACCAACAAGAAGGAUUCGGAAAAGAAUGCAUCGCAAGACUUCGUCAGCUAUUUGGUUCGGAUCGGACGAAUUGCGGAGGAUGCGGUUCCGCAGGACACUGUCGGCGUACCGUCAGAGAUUGAUAAACCGGAUGCGCCAAGCGCACAGGCCGCAGGUCCUUCGAUGGCGAGAGCACAACAUGGGCCAGGAAAUAUAUUCAUGAAAGGGUUCGUCCCGCAGGAUUUGGGCCAUGCGUACCGGCCGUACGUGCCAUCAAAGGAAGAUAUCAAGCGAGAACAGGACAACAUGGAAUCGGCCGAAUCUCUAGAUGUGAACGCUUCGAUUCAUGGCAAUUGGACGAUUGAGAAUGCAAAAUCGAAGCUUAACCAAUGGAUGCAGCAUCACAAAAUUAAGGCAGAGUUUAAGUAUACCUCCAUCGGACCGGAUCAUGCCAAGAGCUUCAUAGCGGAAAUGACCGUUUACGUGAAGGAAUUGAACCGUUCAAUAACGGGGCGCGAAUCCGGAUCGAACAAACAUUCGGCGAGCAAAUCUUGCGCAUUGUCGCUUAUACGACAGCUGUACCAUUUGGGUGUGAUUGAGGCGUAUACGGGAUCGCUCAAGAGUGCAACGACAUCAGAACAGAUAGCGGCCUAUCCGGUGAAAAUUUCGCACCAGCUUGCUAAACGCGUGCACGAAUGUUUAAUGGAGUUAGAAAUUCAACCGGUGAAGGUGAAUACUUCAAACACCGGCACGAAGGACGCCGUCAGCUUGAUGCACCCCUCGGACGAUGUACAUUUUAAGCCGCAAUCGACGAACCUACAGCAACCGGCUUCGGUUAUCUCCUGGUCACCACCGCAACCGAACUGGAACCCUUGGUUGGGAUGUAACAUUGACGAGGGUUACCUGGCAACGGCAACGCUCGAGAAGUUGAGUGAAGAUUUGUUGUGUGACAGCCGCAACUUGCUGAGAGACAACCAAGAGCUGCAGAUGAGUAUGAUGACGCGCGAAAAGCUUCCCAUUUCGGCGAUGCGCCGAAAGAUCAUGGAAGCGAUUAACGAACAUCCGGUGGUGCUAAUCCGCGGCAACACGGGAUGUGGUAAAACGACCCAGAUUGCACAGUACAUCCUGGAAGAUUACAUCAACUCGGGCCAGGGUGCAUACUGCAACGUGUGCGUUACGCAGCCUAGACGUAUCAGUGCGAUCAGCGUUUCGGAGCGCGUCGCUAAUGAGCGGUGCGAAAAUUUGGGCAGUGCAGUGGGAUAUUCCGUGCGGUUUGAUUCAGUCCUACCGCGCCCGUUCGGUUCGAUUCUAUUCUGCACAAUCGGGGUACUGUUGCGCAAGCUGGAAGGUGGCCUGCGCGGUGUUUCGCACGUAAUUGUGGAUGAAAUUCACGAACGUGACGUAAACAGCGAUUUCAUACUGGUCGUGCUGCGCGAUAUGGUCCACACGUAUCCAGAUCUGCGCGUAAUACUCAUGUCGGCUACCAUCGAUACGACGAUGUUUUCGCGUUACUUUGGCGACUGUCCCGUGCUGGAGGUACCUGGUAGAGCGUUCCCGGUCGAGCAAAUGUUUCUCGAGGAUUGCAUCGAAAUGCUUAACUUUAAACCUACACCGCCGGAAGGUGGUUCGGCAAAGCGUAAGCGAGGCAAGGAUGGCGAUGAUGAGGGAGAUGGAGGAGCCGAGUACGAACCGGAUGUGCAGGAAAGUGGAAAUCUGAAUGAGGUAAUCGAUGAAACAGUAUAUUCGCCGCAAACCAAGCAGGCGAUGAGCAUGAUGGUGGAGUCAGAUACACCGUUCGAGCUAAUCAGUGCGCUGGUGGAUUAUGUCGAUCAGCAAGGUAGACCGGGAGCCGUGCUGGUGUUCCUUGCCGGAUGGAACAUGAUUUUUGCGCUGAUGCGACAGUUGCAGACACGACCCAAUUUGGUCGUGUUGCCGCUACACUCUCAGCUGCCGCGUGAGGACCAGAGGAAGGUGUUCAACCAUUAUGGGCAAAGGCGCAAGGUUAUACUGGCGACCAACAUUGCGGAAACGUCGAUCACGAUCGAUGAUAUUGUGUAUGUGAUCGAUACGUGCAAGGCGCGCAUGAAGCUGUUCACUUCGCACAACAAUAUGACCAACUAUGCGACAGUAUGGGCCGCCAGGACAAACCUCGAGCAGCGCAAGGGACGUGCGGGUCGUGUCCGUCCGGGCAUGUGCUUUACGCUAUGCUCACGCGCCCGUUUCGCCAAGUUGGAGGAAAACCUGACGCCAGAAAUGUUUCGUACACCAUUGCACGAACUUGCGCUCAGCAUUAAGCUGCUGCGGUUGGGUGCAAUCGGUAAGUUUCUGUCGAAAGCGAUCGAACCACCACCGCUCGAUGCGGUGAUCGAGGCGGAAGUGUUGCUGAAGGAGAUGCGAUGCUUGGAUGAGGCAGAACAGCUAACUCCUUUCGGGCGUAUUCUGGCCCGUUUGCCGAUUGAACCGCGACUCGGUAAGAUGAUGGUACUGAGCACGCUGUUUGGGCUGUGUGACACAAUCACGACGAUGGCCGCAUACUCGGGCACGUUUUCAGAGAUUUUCCUGCUGGAGCUGGGGCAGCGUCGUCUAUUGGCCCAUCAGAAGGCACUCAGCGGUCAAACGUUCUCGGAUUACGUUGCGAUGCAGACGGCAUUUGAGAUGUGGAGCCGAAAGCGCGCCAUAAGCGAAGAAGCGGAAUUUCGAUUCUGUGAGUGGAAAGGACUCCAAAUGCCGACGUUACGCACGAUUGCCGAGGCGAAGAAGCAGCUGAUGGAGAACCUUACGCUAGCGGGUUUCCCUCAGGAUACGAUGAUGCCGUUCCGUUUCGAUCCGGAAAACCCCGAACCGGACCUGGAGAUGGCGAUGGCACUGUUGUGCGUUGGGCUGUAUCCGAACGUGUGCUUCCACAAGGAGAAACGGCGUGUCCUGACGACGGAAUCGAAAGCUGCUCUCAUCCACAAAACGUCGGUGAACUGUAGCAAUACGACAACCACCUUUCCGUAUCCAUUCUUUGUGUUUGGUGAAAAGAUACGCACCCGGGCCGUAUCCUGUAAGCAGAUGUCCAUGGUUACACCGAUCCAUCUGCUGCUGUUCGGCUGCAAGAAGGUCGAAUGGUGCAACGGAUCGGUGCGGAUCGAUAAUUGGCUCAAUCUGAACAUGGAUCCGUACGAUGCCGCCAUGAUACUGGCGUUACGGCCCUGUCUACAGGAUUUGUUGGUACAAAUUUCGGAAAAUCCGGACAGCAUAAGCUGUCUGGCAGAGAAGCAUUUGAAUAUGCUGAAGGUGGUGAAGGAGCUGUGUGCGUUCAGUGCGGGGGAUUAUGAAAUUGAUCGUCCGGUGAGAAGCUCAUUUGGGCAGGGCGUACGAUCACAUCCACCAAAGGUUCCACGAUAUGGUGAUGCGAGUAACGACCAAUUGAGUGGUUUCGUUAGAAUAGGAAAUAGUAGUAGCGGUGGUGGUAAUAGUGGUGAUGGUGAUUAUGAGGCAGGGAAUGUGCCGAUUUCAGGAGGAAACACUGCUAACCUCCGACAUGAUGGGUACCGGGGCUUUGGAUCAGGAUAUGGUAACAAUAAUGGGUAUGGUAGUAAUCGAUCAAACUCCCGAUACUUUAACAAUCCGAUGUUAAAUUCAACUUCCAAUGAUCGUUACACGGGUGCCGAAGAUAAUGCUGGCCCGUAUGGCAGAGGUUCCAAUUACCAGGGUGGAUAUUCCGGCGGAACUCGUGGUGGUUACAGUGGUGGAGCAAGAAACUUCCGACGCGGACGUGGUAGAUGGUAGAUAUAUCGUAGUGGGAAGGAACUGGAAAAUUAGUUACAAGAAAUAAUGAAUGAAAUAAUGUUAGAAGAAAUAAUGAACUACUGACUCUUUUUGGGAAUAAUUGGGCACUAAGUCAUUGCCGCCAUUUAAUAUUACCGUAGUUGUUAGUCAUUGCUACGAAGUGGUGUUGAUCCUGUGUCGAAACUCCACGAUAAGAACAAAUCUUGUAAUAUGCGCAUACAGUGUUGUUUAAACACAAUUAAAAGCAUUCUAACUAAUCACAUCCUUAGAAGUAAGUUUUACAGGCAGACCCCGAUGUACACGGUACUAGUAUUUGAGCUAAUAGAUCGAAAUUCAAGCAAAUCUUCUUCUUCUUCUUCCUGGCUUAACGACCUCUAAGGUCACACCUACCAUUUCUGGUUUACCAGACUUAUUUGCACUACGUAAUGGGAUAGUCGGUCCUUGCUACGAGGGGACGGUUUGCAUGUGAUUUGAUACCUGGGUCUGUCGAGUGGAACCGACGCCAUUUAUCACAUAAACCACCGGGCCACCCCAAGCAAAUAAAAAGAAAGGAAUAUUAUUGCAUAAUAAUUAACUAUUGUUUUAAUGUAUAUUUCUGUUAAUUAAAAUUGUUUCAAUUUGUGCAGAUUGUUUCUUUCUCGUCUGAAA